UUUGCAUGCGAGAGGUACGGGGUUCGAUACCCCGCAUCUCCAUUCUCUUUUUAGUUCAAACUCACCGGGAGAUGGUUUUCUGAAUUUACUGUCCAUUUCAGAUUUACAGCUCUGAUACUACUGAUCACAGUGUCUACUAUACUAUAAAUAAGUUUUCCCGCCCAAUAAAUCUUUGCACGUAGCUGACCCAAUAAAUUAGGGUUUCUGCGAACGCCACAAAAGCUUGUACAACCACAAAUGGAGGUCGCUCAAAUCGCUCAGCUGCUGAGCGAGACGCUCAGUCCCAAUAGCAACGUUGUUCGUGCCGCGUCGGAAGCUCUAGAACGCCUCUCUGUCUGGCCGGAUUUCCCUUUCUCUCUCCUCUCCAUCGCCGCCGGAGGUGAAAAUCAAGGUCAAAAAGUUGCUGCUGCCACCUACCUUAAGAAUUUCACUAGGCGAAGUAUCAAUGAUGAUGGUACAUUGUCGUCAAAAGUCAGUAAGGAGUUCAAGGACCAGCUCAUGCGAGCUUUGCUUCAAGUUGAACCGGCGGUUCUUAAAGUUCUGGUCGAAGCGUUUCGGGUCAUUGUUGCGGCUGAGUUUGUGAAGCAGGAUUCGUGGCCUGAACUCGUACCUGAUCUGCGGUCUGCUAUUCAAAAUAGUAAUCUUAUUAGCAAUAAUGCAGAUUGUCAAUGGAAGACCAUAAAUGCCCUCACUGUUCUUCAUGCACUUCUUCGACCUUUCCAGUACUUUUUGAAUCCUAAAGUUGCUAAGGAGUCAGUGUCACCACAACUAGAGCUGAUUGCAAAAGAAGUUCUUGUACCCUUGCUAUCUUUAUUCCAUCAUUUGGUUGAAAAGGCAUUAGCUACCCAUGAUAGAACAGAAAUGGAAAUGGAGAAAAUUCUUCUCACUGUGUGCAAAUGCAUAUAUUUUGCUGUGAGGUCGCAUAUGCCAUCUACUUUAGCUCCUGUUUUGCCUUCACUUUGUCGUGACCUGAUUGCCAUUCUGGGUUCGUUGAGUUUUGAUUGUGCUGUCAACAUGGAAGAUGGAUACUUGGUGAGAUUGAAGACUGGGAAAAGAAGUUUGCUCAUUUUCUGUGCUUUCAUUAGCCGACACCGGAAGCAUUCUGAUAAGUUAAUGCCAGACAUCAUCAACUGUGUUUUAAACAUACUAAAAUAUAGCAGGAAUAUCAGUGAGCUUGAUUUUUUAUCAGAUAGGGUUGUUUCCCUAGCUUUUGAUGUGAUUUCGCAUAUCAUGGAGACAGGCCCUGGAUGGAGAUUAGUUUCACCUCAUUUUACCUUUUUGUUGGACACUGCAAUCUUUCCAGCAUUAGUUAUGAACGAAAAGGAUAGUGCAGAGUGGGAAGAAGAUGCAGAUGAAUACAUACGGAAGAAUCUUCCAUCUGAUCUUGAAGAAAUUUCUGGUUGGAGGGAGGAUUUGUUUACAGCCAGAAAAAGCGCAAUAAACUUACUUGGUGUUAUUUCAAUGUCAAAGGGCCCUCCAGUGGGCACUUCUAGUAGUGGUUCUUCAGCUUCAUCAAAGCGCAAAAAAGGUGAAAAGGACAAGAGAUAUGGUCAGCGCCGUUUUAUGGGGGAGUUGUUUGUGCUUCCAUUUUUGUCAAAGUUUCCUAUUCCUUCCGAUGCAAAUGCAUCCCAAACUAGAAUUUUAAAUGAUUAUUAUGGUGUUCUGAUGGCAUACGGUGGUCUGCAAGACUUUCUAAGGGAGCAAGAACCUGGAUAUAUAACAAGUCUUGUUUGUACUCGGGUGCUACCAUUAUAUAAGAUGUCUGUGUGCCUACCAUACUUGGUUGCCAGUGCAAAUUGGGUACUUGGAGAGCUUGCACCCUGUCUGCCAGAAGAGAUGAGUGCAGAUGUAUAUUCUUCAUUGCUGAAGGCAUUGGCCAUGCCAGAUAAAGAAGAUACUUCUUGUUAUCCUGUCAGGGUUUCCGCUGCAGGAGCAAUUGCUAAACUUCUUGAGAAUGACUAUGCGCCACCUGAGUGGUUGCCUCUUCUUGAAGUUGUGAUUGGCAGGAUUAGUAAUCGAGAUGAAGAAAGCUCCAUUUUAUGUCAGCUUCUCAGUUCCAUAGUGGAGGCUGGAGACGAAAAUGUUGCAUUUCAUAUCCCGUACAUUGUUUCAUCAUUGGUUGGUGCAAUCUCAAAGUUGAUACCUGCUAAUCCGGAGCCUUGGUCUCAAGUAGUUGAACAGGGCUUUGCGGCAUUAGCAGUAAUGGCUCAAUCUUGGGAAAACUUCAUGCCUGAAGAACUUGAGCAAAAUGAAUUAAGUGAAAAGUGGGCAUCUGGCCGAGCUACCGUUGGUAGAGCAUUCUCUGCUCUCUUGCAACAGGCGUGGCUCUCACCUGUACAUCAAUUGGAUCAGGAAGGUGAGGCUUCUCCCCCACCUUCAUGCAUAGAGGAUGCAUCAACGUUGCUCUUGUCCGUUAUGCUCUCUGUAACUGGAAGCAAUGUACUUCUGGAGCUUAAAGUAUCAGAGUUAUUGCUAGUUUGGGCUGAUCUAAUUGCAGACUGGCAUGCAUGGGAAGAGACAGAGGAUUUAUCAGUUUUUAAUUGCAUUAAGGAAGUUGUGAAUCUACAUAGCAAAUAUGGGCUGGAGAAUUUUCUUGUAAGACGGAUGCCAUCCCCUCCAGCUCCACCUGUGCCUGAACGUUCUAUCAUCGAAGGCAUUGGUGUUUUUGUCAGUGAGGCAAUUUUACAAUAUCCAUCUGCAACAUGGAGAGCUUGCUCUAUGGUCCAUUUACUACUGCAUGUCCCAAGUUACUCUUCUGAAACAGAUGGUGUGAAGCAAUCAUUGGCAAUUGCUUUCAGUAGGGGAGCAUUUUCUCGUUUCCGAGAAAUUCGAAGUAAGCCUUGUUCACUGUGGAAGCCAUUGUUACUUGCUAUAUCAUCAUGCUACUUAUGUUAUCCUCAUGUGGUGGAGGGAAUUUUGGAGAAGGGUGAAGGUGGUGGCUGUGCAAUUUGGGCUUCUGCCCUGGGUUUUCUUCUUACCAGCUCCUGUCAAUAUGGUCUGUCAGCAACUUCUGAGAUAAAGUUGAUUGGAUUGAUCGUUUUUUAGUCUUCCCUGAUUGGGAAGCUCGGUUUCCUGUGUCGUCUCAAAAGAGGCUUCCUCGCCUUUAUUCAGACCACUUUCCGAUUCUUCUUGAUUGUGGUGACUUCUCUAGGGGGAACAAGUCCUUCAAAUUUGAGAACAUGUGGCUUAAAGCAGAAGGUUUUGUGGGGAAGGUAAAACAAUGGUGGGAUUCUUACUCGUUCCAAGGUACCUCUAGUUUUGCUUUUGCUUGUAAACUAAAGGCUCUGAAGAAGGAUUUGAAGAUUUGGAAUGAAGAGGUUUUUGGUAAGGUAGAAAGGAACAAGAGAAAGUUAUUUGAAGAACUUCAGGCUUUUGAUGCUAUUGAAUGAAGUAGGGCUUUAGUUGAGGAGGAGCUUCAGAAGAAGACAGAGAUAGUCAGAGAGAUAGAGAGGUGUUCUCUUUUGGAGGAGGUGAGCUAGCAGCAGAAAUCAAGAGAAUUGUGGUUAAAAGAAGGGGACAAGUGUACUAAAUUCUUCCACUCCAUAGCUAAUUCAAACAGAAGGUACAACUCUAUUGACUCUUUAUUGAUUGGAGAUACUCUUUACUUCUAAUAAGACAAAUAUUGACGAUCACGUGGUUGAGUUCUACCAAAAACUCUUUCAUGAGCUGAGUAGGUGGAGGCCUAGGGUGGAUGGUAUUUCCUUUGAUUCUAUUUCAGAUUCUGAUGCUAGCUGGUUGGAGAGAGCGUUCGAAGAGGAGGAGGUCAAGAAGGUAGUGUCAGCUAUGAAUGGUGAUAAGGCACCGGGUCCUGAUGGCUUUUCUAUGGCCUUCUUCCAAGCGUGCUGGGAUGUUGUGAGAGUGGACAUUAUGAAGGUUUUUGAUGAGUUUCAUGCCAGAGGUCUGUUUGAGAAGAGCCUGAAUGCUUUGUUUAUUUCUCUUAUUCCGAAGGUUCCAGGGGCUAACUCCAUUAAAGAUUUCCGGCCUAUUAGUUUGGUGGGAGGUAUCUACAAGAUUAUUGCUAAAGUUCUAGCAAACAGAUUGAAGUCAGUCUUGGAGAAGGUCAUUUCCAAAUCUCAGAGCGCUUUUAUCAAAGGGAGGCAGAUUCUUGAUCCGAUUCUUAUUGCUAAUGAAUGCAUUGAUAGUAGGCGUAGAUCGGGGGUGCCAGGCAUCAUUUGCAAAAUGGACUUGGAGAAAGCAUACGAUCAUGUUAACUGAGAUUUUCUUUUGUAUAUGUUGAGGAGGUGUGGCUUUGGGGAAAAGUGGUGUAGGUGGAUAGCUCAUUGUAUCUCAACUGUGCGGUUUUCGGUGUUAAUCAAUGGCUCCCCUUUUGGUUUUUUCAAUAGCUCCCGAGGACUGAGACAAGGGGAUCCUUUGUCACCCCUUUUGUUUGUUUUUGUGAUGGAAGCCUUGAGCCGUAUGAUCUCAGCUGCAGUUAGGGGGGGUUUGUUGGAAGGAUUUAAAAUAGGUGACGUAGAUUUUUCGCAUCUUCUAUUUGCAGAUGAUACUCUGAUUUUUUGUAGUGCUCAUUCUUCUGAGUUGCGUAAUCUGCGGAGUCUCUUCCUCCUGUUUGAAGCAGCUUCGGGUCUGAAGGUUAAUUUGACGAAGUCAAAUUUAAUUCCAGUGGGGCAUGUUGAUCAAGCGGAAAGGCUAGCCGACAUUUUAGGGUAUGGGUUUGCCACUUUGCCGGUUAAGUAUCUUGGUCUUCCUUUGGGGGCUUCAUAUAAAUCCACUCAUAUUUGGGACGGGGUUGUUGAGAAGAUAGAACAUCGUUUGGCUAGUUGGAAAAGGAUGUAUCUCUCUAAGGGUGGUAGAGUAACCCUUAUUAAGAGUACCCUUGCCAAUGUGCCUACUUACUUUUUGUCUCUGUUCCAUCUUCCGAGGAGUGUUGCUGCGUGUUUAGAGAAGCUACAACGGGAUUUUCUUUGGGGUGGAUUGGGUGAAGAAUCUAAAAUUCACUUGGUGAGGUGGUCGAAAGUCUGUUCCCCAAUUUCAUAUGGAGGGUUGGGUAUUCGGAAUUUGUUGAUGUUCAACCAUGCUUUGUUAGGUAAAUGGUUGUGGCGGUAUGGGAUAGAGAGAGAAGCUUGAUGGAGAGUUGCGGUGGAUGCCAAGUUUGGUAGUUUGUGGGGUGGGUGGUGUUCUCGCGAGCCGGUAGGUGCUCAUGGGGUGGGGCUGUGGAAGAAUAUCAGAAAAAGGUGGGCGAUUUUCUCUGGUCUCUCUAGAUUGGAGGUGGGGGAUGGGGCUAGGACAAAAUUUUGGCAUAAUCUGUGGUGCGGGGAUAGGGUGUUGAAGGAAGCUUUUCCUAUUCUUUUUGGUAUUGCUCGGAUGAAGGAUGCUUCUGUUGCGGAUAAUAUGGAGGUUUUGGGCGGCUCUAUCCAGUGGAAUGUGAGCUUUGUUAGAGAGGCGCAUGACUGGGAAGUGGGUGUCUUUGCAUCUUUCUUUCAUGUGUUGCAUUUAGCCAUGGCGAGUAGAGAUCGUGCUGAUAGGCUUAGGUGGGUCCCUUCCAAGAAAGGGGUGUUCAAGGUUAAGUCCUAUUUCAGCUCCUUGGCUGGCUGUGAGGGUAGUCAUUUCCCUUGGAAGAGUGUGUGGAGGACUCAGGCUCCUUCGAGGGCGGCAUUCUUCGCGUGGUUGGCAGCCCUUGGAAAGAUUCUUACAGCGGAUAAUCUCAGGAAGCGAAAGAUCAUCAUUGUGGAUAGAUGCUACUUGUGCAAAAGAGAUGGAAAACCUGUAGACCAUCUUCUUCUUCUUCAUUGUGAUGUGGCUUCUACUUUGUGGAAUCAUGUCUUUUCUCGGUUUGGUAUGUCUUGGGUUAUGCCUAGGAGAGUUGUUGAUUUAUUUGCUUGUUGGUGGAAGGCGGGUAGGUCAAGGAGUGCUGCAGUUUGGAAAAUGGUGCCUAUUUGCAUUCUUUGGUGUGUUUGGAAGGAGAGAAAUAUUAGGUGUUUUGAAGACUUGGAGAAUUCUAUGGAGAAUGUUGUUGCUUCGUUUUUUCAUACGUUGUAUCUUUGGACGGAGGCUUUUUUGUCUCCCGUGUCUAUUAGCUUUUCUGAUUUUCUUGUU